UCGUUGCGAGCCAAUUGUGGAUGCAGAAAAGAUGAUGGCUUGCAGACUGAAGUGCGGCUUUGCUGCUUCUCCAUCUCCGGCUGCAGUUGGCCGCAUUAUUAUAUAGUGAGGACCCGAUUCCCAAAGAUUAGGUUCCUUCUAGCGUCCUCAAUUUUGCCUCGAAGUCAAGCUCUUAAGAGUUCCUCUCCCUUCUCAAGAUAUUACAGUGUUCAAGAAUAGCCAUGGCAGAGCCGAUGACUAUCGUCCACUUAGGCGAUGCCAAAGGACCUGUGUCGAAAGCGUCGCCUGUCCCCGUCAACGAGAAGGCUAACUACCACGUCGUCGAGUACGAGGAACCACCCUCGGCUUCCACAUUGGGAUCAAGACAGCACGAUCCUUUGCUGGGUUCCAAACCCCCUCAAUCGCCUGUCCCAGAUGAAAAGACGUUGUCAUCUGCGGGCUCAACUCCCUUGAAGGACGAGUUCCCUGAGCAGCAUCAAACUGACGAAGAAAGGAUAAAGGAAGCGGCCACGAAGAAGAAAGCCCUCGAGCACAAGAAACGCAUCCUCGACAUCGCCCAACGAACAACCAGUUUGAUCCUCUCCAUCAUAAUCCUAACAGUCAUGGCUCAUGCUUAUGUCGUGUUCCGCCAAAACGAGAACGUAACCCACGACGGUACCCGCAUCUACCCAACCUUCAUGCAGCUGUGGCCAACCUAUCUGAUGAUUGCGACCGGAGCUAUCACCGUAGCUCUCAACGCUCUCGUCUUGUACUGGAAGGUCCAUAAUACAGUCCGCGAUCUUGUACUCAUUGACACUUCAACUGCGGUGUGGGACUAUGCAUCCCGAGGCGUCAACUUUGCGCUCUGGCUUGGUACCAGUAGCUCGUUCCAAAUCUCAAAGAAUUGGGGUCCAGCUGCGAAUCCAAACGUGCUUUGGGGAUAUGUCUGCAGUCCAACCGCGGCUCAGUUGAGUGCGGCUUUCCCGGAGAUCAUUAGGUUUUAUGUACAGUGUGAGAUACAGACAGUUUCGUUUUGGUUAAGUGUAAGUGCCGUGAUCGUGGAGGGAUUUGGCUUUCUCACGAAAGUCUUCCUUGGUUGAGCAAUUGAUUGGCAUGGUCUUGCUUGUGACGGGAGGGAUUUUGGGUAAAGGCAAAAUCUGGAGGUCGCCACUUUUCUUGCUCUGGUGCU